CUGCCAGAUCAGUUGAUGUGCGUCAUUUCCAGCAAUGUUCAUGGGAGAGAUGACAAGGGUCGUAUUUUGCGGCGCACACUCAUUCGUUAUGCCAACCUGUCUUCUGUCCUGAUCCUGCGUUCAGUCAGCACCAGAGUGCUUAAGAGAUUCCCUACUAUGGACCACAUUGUGGAAGCUGGUUUUAUGACACAGGAUGAACGUAAGAAAUACGAGAGUCUCCAUUCAGACUUCAACAAGUACUGGAUCCCCUGUGUGUGGUUCACCAAUCUAGCUGCUCAGGCACGACGAGAAGGGAGAGUCCGCGAUGAUGUGGCACUCAGAUUGCUCAUGGAUGAGCUGAACCUCUACCGUGCUAAAUGCAGCAUGCUUUUUCACUUUGACUGGAUCAGUAUCCCCCUAGUGUACACACAGGUGGUCACUAUAGCAGUCUACUCUUUCUUUGCAUUUUGUGUGGUUGGUCGUCAGUUCCUGGAUCCAGCUCAUGGUGGAGAACUAGACAUGUAUGUUCCCUUGCCCACACUCCUACAGUUCUUCUUUUAUGCUGGGUGGCUGAAGGUGGCUGAACAAAUAAUUAAUCCCUUUGGAGAGGAUGAUGAUGAUUUUGAAACUAAUAAACUGAUAGACAGAAACCUUCAGGUAUCGUUGCUUUCAGUGGAUGACAUGUACCAGAACUUGCCUCCAACCAUGAAGGACAAAUAUUGGAAUGAAUCUACAGCUCAACCACCCUACACAACAGCCACAAUGGCAGAGACCUUGAAACCUUCCUUCAUGGGCUCCACAUUUGAUAUGCGGAUGAGUGAUGACCCGGAGCAGAAUCAGCAGGUCGAUGCCUCACCCAGCAUGAACCGCAUACAGACACCCUUGCUUAACCGCUUUUAUGCUGCUGCUGCCUCUCCAGCAAUUAGCCUCAAAAAUUUUGGGAAGGGCAACCGGAUUUCCCACCCUCAGUUGCUGCGUUUGAGAUCUGAGGGUAUCUUUCCUUCUGCCAGCCCCAACUUCAAUCGCAGAGACGAUCCAGAGGCUGUUGGCCGUAUCGAUGAGGAAGAGACAGAGGAUGAGGAAACUGGAAUGAGUGAAACCAGUACUCCUCACAAUGCAGAAAUAGAGAGAAAAGAUAUACCCAUUAUUACUGUGGUAGGAUCCCUAGAUGACAGCAUCAGCAGCAUUGAGCAGCCAUCCAGCUAAGAUUAAUAAAUAACC